GUCUCCUGAGCCUCCGCAAGCUCCGGGGAGGGGUUGUGGCGGGCGCCGGAGCACCCUGAGGGCCCCGCCCCGCCGCGUCGAGGAGGCCCCAAAUCAGAGUGAGGGGCGGCGCGGCACCGUGCGCAGGCAUGGCGACCCCGGACGCGGCGCCGCCGGGGGCUGAGGGCGCGGGGCCGGCGCCCUGGGCGCAGCUGGAGGCCCCCGCCCGCCUCGUGCUGCAGGCGCUGCAGGCGGGGCCCGAGGGGGCGCGGCGCGGCCUCGGGGUGCUGCGGGCGCUGGGCAGGCGCGGCGGGGAGCCCCUCUGCUGGGGCCGCUUCCUCGAGGCGCUGUGCCGGGAGGAGCCGGUCGUGCGGGCGCCCGACGGCCGCCUGGAGCUGAAGCCACUGUUGCUGAGAUUGCCCCAGUUAUGCCAGAGGAACCUGAUGUCCCUGCUCAUGGCUGUUCGGCCAUCACUGCCUGAAAGUGGGCUCCUCUCUGUGCUGCAGAUUGCCCAGCAGGACCUCGCCUCGGACCCUGAUGUCUGGCUCCGUGUCCUGGGGGGAUUGCUGCAAAGGGAUCUGGGACUUGGGGCUUCCCUCGAGGGAGCUUCCUUACUGUCCAGAAGGUGCCAGAGACAGCUCCAAGGCCUGUGUAGGCAGCUGGGCCAGGGGGGCAGGAGGUUGAAAUUGCCCCAGGUUCCAGACACUGAAGAAGAGGAAGAGGACAGGGACUCUCAGCAGUCUGGGAAACGCAGAAAAGAGCCAGAGGAAGAGGCUGCCAGUCCUGAGGGGGAGAGAGCCCCCAAGAGGUUCAGAUGUUCAGAAAGGGGAGAAGAAGAAGAAGAGCAUGAGGAGGAGGGACCUGCACACGAGUCAUUGGAAUCCCUGGCAGGUGGUGAAGGUGCAUCUCCCAUUAAGAGCCAGCCUGUCCUGGGAGCUGAGACCAGCAAGGCUAGUGCAAGUCUGGAGGAUGCCAAAGGUCCAGCUGAGGGUUUGGUAUUGCCCAAAGCUCUCCAGGACCAGGUUCCCAGGCUGCAGCAGCUGCUGAAGACCUUUGGGGAGGGGCUGGAGGGGUUGGAGGAUGCCCCCCAAGUUGAGCUACAGCUUCUGCACGAAUGCAAUCCCAGCCAGAUGGACCUGCUGUGUGCCCAGUUGCAGCUCCCGCAGCUCUCGGACGCAGGUCUCCUGCAGCUCUGCACCUGGCUGCUGGCCCUGUCACCAGAUCUUAGCUUCAGUAAUGCCACUGUGCUGACCAGGAGCCUCUUUCUUGGACGGAUCCUCUCCCUGACUUCCUCAGCCUCUCGCCUGCUUACGACUGCCCUGACCUCCUUUUGUGCCAAGUACACCCACCCUGUCUGCACAGCCCUCCUUGGCCCUGUGCUCCAGGCCCCAGGCACAGGUCCAGCGCAGACAGAGUUACUGUGUUGCCUUAUGAAGGAUGAGUCCCUGGAGCCAGAUGCCCUGGCUCUAAUGCUGGGACAGAUCUUGGAGCUGCCCUGGAAGGAGGCAACUUUCUUGGUGUUGCAGUCACUCCUGGAGCGUCAGGUAGAGAUGACCCCUGAGAAGUUCAGUGUCUUGAUGGAGAAACUCUGUAAAGAGGGGCUGGCAGCCACCACCUCCAUGGCCUAUGCCAAGCUGAUGCUGACAGUGAUCAUCAAGUACCAGGCCAAUAUCACUGAGACCCAGAGGCUGGGCCUGGCUGUGGCCCUAGAGCCGAACACCACCUUCCUAAGGAAGUCCCUUCAGGCCGCCUUGAGACAUUUGGGCCCCUGACCAUAUAGCAGGGGACCACCUUCCUGGAGCUCCAUCACCAGCUUCCUGAAGGAUAUUUCUGCCUUGACCACCUUUCCCUGACCCCUUGCCUGGGGUAACGGCUGAAGGCCUGGCCAUUCCAGGGACCAACUGUUUCCCUGUUCCAGGCUGCAGAGAGGCCAUCUUGGCUUCCCAGCCAGCAGGGAAGCUUCUGGGCUAAGAGAGCUGGAUGAACACUCUCUCUCUCUCUCUCUCUCUCUCUCUCUAUAUAUAUAUAUAUAUAUA